UUUGAAAGCCCAUGCUAUUCAAAGUGAGAAUGAUUUUAAAACCCUAGUCUGAGAACAAAGAGCCAUAUAUAAAACUGAAAGAGAGCAUUAGGGUUUGUUUCGUUCUGUGAUCGAGCAGCCACAAUGUCGAAGCGAGGUCGCGGAGGUUCCGCGGGUAACAAGUUCAGGAUGUCACUCGGUCUGCCGGUGGCUGCGACGGUGAACUGCGCUGAUAACACCGGAGCUAAGAAUCUUUACAUCAUUUCCGUCAAAGGUAUCAAGGGAAGAUUGAACCGUUUGCCAUCUGCUUGCGUUGGUGACAUGGUUAUGGCUACCGUGAAGAAGGGAAAGCCAGAUCUCCGUAAGAAGGUGCUGCCGGCCGUUAUCGUUCGUCAGCGCAAACCAUGGCGCCGAAAGGACGGUGUUUUCAUGUACUUCGAAGAUAAUGCUGGUGUGAUUGUGAAUCCUAAGGGUGAAAUGAAAGGUUCUGCAAUUACUGGUCCAAUUGGGAAGGAGUGUGCUGAUCUGUGGCCCAGGAUUGCAAGUGCUGCUAAUGCUAUUGUUUAAGUUGAAUUUUCUAGUAUUCAAAAAGAUUUUGUUUCUGCCAUUUGGUGUUGUUUUAGGUUGAAUAUUAUUCUAAGUGACUGAAGCUCUUUAAUUCUCUGUAAUGAGAAGUGUUUUGAAGAUAUUAAUGCUUAGUUAUAAGAGUUGUUUGGUUUUA